GUGUUUUCGUGUUUUACAAUGCGCUUUUUGUAUACAUUGUGUGGUUGAGAUUCUACGUGUACAAAUAUUAACUGCAGUUUGAUUUCAAGCGAAAGAUGUGGCGCCUGGCGAAGGUUUUGAAAGAUACGCGACAGGUCGCCCUAAAUCGUUCUACCUCGUGCCUUUGGAAAGCUACUCGCAAUGAAUCUAGCACGUCUAAAGAUUCAGAUGUGAAAGAAGUUCCCUACAAUACAUUGCAGGUAAUGCCGUGUAAUCGUUAUAACUCAAUCUUCAUUGUAUUUUGAUGAACAGCAUCAGACACUAAACAAAUUUUUUUGACGGUCUUACAGAAAUGCAAUGAGCCCGAGUUGAAUAAUUAUUAAUUUUGAUAUACAAUUUCUUGUCUACGUUAUAAUUUUCACAAGGCUACUAAAAAUAGGACACUCACAUAUAUAAAUAUGAAAGUGAUCCUCGCAGAAAUGAACCCUAAUUGAGCAGUAGUGAAAAUAAGGCCUGAAGAAAAAUUCAGGCCUGUAAGGGUUUUGAACCCAUGAUCCUUACAAUAGCUAGUUACUAGGUUGGUUCCAAAUCAACCUGAAUUUAUGAAUGAAUGAUCGUAAAUAUAUGAAAAUCAUACAUGUGACUGCGGAUAAAGACGUAAAUAUGAAAGUGAUCUUCGCAAUGAUGAGCACUACUUGAGUAGUAGUGAAAAAAAAAAUUCAAGAAUUUUUUUUUCAGGCCUUAUUUUCACUACUUCUCAAGUAGUAUUCAUUACUGCGACGAUCGCUUUCGCACUUACGUCCAUAUCCGCAUUUCACAAAUAUGAUUUUUAGAUAUUCACAGCCAUUACAUUCACAUAUGCAUAUGAUUUGGUGAAAAAAAACCUAUAACCUCGCUACACGCGACUCUUCAGCUUCAGUGAAACGCGAAUAUCAUUGUUUGGUUUACAGUAAGAUGCAAUUGUAUUUUAUUGUAAUUCGUUUACAAUAAGAUACAUUAAAAAAAAUAGUCAGUUCUGAUUGGUUAGGAUAAAUGCAGUUUUCAGGUUAUUUGAUGCAGAAGAGGGUUAAUUCAGUGCAAAGAAGAAACAAACCAGACUGAACAAUUCCUUGAGUUAGCGAGACUCUGCUUUUUUGCGUGUUUAAGAUGUGAAAAUAUCAUUGUAUAUUAUUGUUUUGAUCAUAGGUGGUUUUUUGACUAAACACACAGGUUUGAAUAAAUUAUUUUUGCACUUGAUGCCCACACUUUGCUUCUGCAUAACUAUGAUAACCUGUCAAAUUUGUUUAUGUGUAUUAUUAAUAUGUAAUCACAUGAUUUUCUUGUGCAAUUUGGAAUAAAUAAGCACAUGUUGAUUUCUUCAAAGAUUACAAAUUGCACUUGACCUACAGGCUGGUGCAAUUUUGUUAGUCUUUGAAAAAAUUUUUCUUGUGCUUAUUUAAUCCAAAUUGCACUUGAAAUCAUGUGAUUACCUAUACAAAGUAUGGUAAUCCAUGUCUAUGAUAAGAGAUCAAUCGUUUGCAUUUAUUUUGAUUCAUUUCUGAAUGAACUAGGCUUUAUAUUAAAGAACACAAACACGGCAAUACUCAUCGAACAAAAUUUAAUCAUGCAAUGGUCAUACCAAUUCAAUGAAGUACAAGAAUAGAGACCACUGGUGAGGUACAUUUACAUGUAUGCCAAGUAGUCCUCUUCAGGAGUCAAAACAAGAUCUCAAUAUUAAUUCUCCUUACUGCCUGCAAACAUCUCUUAUAAUGCUAAUAAUAAGAAUUUGCUAUUGAAUCAAACAAUAUCACCUAACUGAUGUUUAUCUUUACUCUUAUCACCUUACUGCUUAACAAUUUUUUAUACUGUAAGGAGAAAUUACAUUUUCAUCUCUUUUGGAGGUAAAUGAGCUAAAACACAAAUAUUUCAGAAAAUGUGUUGUCAUGUAUAGUUAAUCACUUUAAGAUGUACCAUUUCUAAAUAUCAAAAAUCUUCAUUAUCAAUGUGAAGCAAAGUGCAAAAAUAUUUCUUGUAAAGAUAGGGUAAUGAGCAAAGCAUGUUGCAUGGUGUGUUAUCAACAGUCUUAAAGUCAGUGGCGUUCUCCUUUUCUGGCAGUAACUGGUAAAAUUUACUGCUUGCAGUACCCUUUAUUAUUUCCUAAAAUUCCAUGGAGACCCUAAAAAUCCAACAAGUAAAAGGAUUGCUGUUCCAGUUUUAAAAUUUUCCCAGUGAGUUGGUAGAUUUAAUUUUAAUUGAAAUAUAAUUUUUUGAAAAGACAGAAGAUAAGCGAGCUCCAGACAGCAUCCCAGCAGAAGCUGAUGUUGUUAUUAUUGGCGGAGGUUCCGUUGGAUCCAGUGCACUUUACCACUUGACCAAACUUGGGGUAAAAAAUGCUGUCUUGUUAGAGCGUGAUCAGUUAACAUCAGGAACAACCUGGCAUAGUGCUGGGCUGGUUUGGAGGUUACGUCCUAGUGAUGUGGAGGUGGAAUUGUUGGCAGCCACAAGAGUGCUUGCAAGGGAUGUCUUGGAACAAGAGACUGGACUUUGGGCUGGAUGGAAUGAAAAUGGAGGAUUGUUCAUUGCCAACAACAAAGAAAGAUUGGAUGAAUACAAGAGGCUGAUGACAGUAAGUACCUCUCAGAGCAAUUAGGAAUUGAUAGAGAUACAUCAAUUUUUUUCCUUUACUUUGCUUCUGCAUGGUGCUCUAAAAAUGUGUACCAAUAUCCCAUCCAAUUAGAUGUGAUGUAAUUAAAAUAACUUUAUCUAGAUUGAGUAGCCCAUUUAGGUUGAAAGCUGGUAUCCAAAAGAAGCCCUUAUAUGUAGGAAUUACUUGCGCCUUGCACCUAGGAAAGUAAUUUCAUUGUUGUUUUUGCUGUAGAUUAUCACGGGUUCCUUAUAUCCCUAGUUCUAUUGGAAUAAGCUACCUCCAAAGUCAAUCACUAUCACAAAGUUGCAUGCAGAAACAUUGAAAAUAUCUAUUUGAGGGAAUAAAAUUCCCUGAGGUCUUGUUAAGCCGUAACUGAAAAUAAUUUACCUUAGUUAAUAGUAGCAUUGCAAGGUUGUCAGCAACACUAACAGUAUGAAACAUUUUUGGAGGCAAACCUAUUAGCUCUUUCAGGGCGUGAAAUUUCGCCUAAUACAGGUGCCAGUGCGCCUAAAUUUUUCACUUUGGCAACCAAAUCCUGAAAGUUAGUUGCCAAAUUGGUGACCAGAAGGUUUCAUCAUAACCUUACCAAGAGAUAUAGUGAAUUAAAAAGAUUUGCAAAGAUAAAUCCGCGGCAAACAUCCUCAUUAAGUUUGUUUCCAAAACGUAGCACAUGUAUCUCGAGCGAUAACUAGAUGCCAUCUUGGAUUUAGAUGAGCCUGAACUUUGUAUAUCAUCCUUCCUAGUGUCCACUUUGUAGCACGUUAAAGAUCUUUUCCUUAACUUAAUUUUGGAGGGUCUAUCUAGAACGCUGACAGCGUAAAGAAAGAUUUUGUUUGUCUUUGAAAAUGGCGACCAACUUUUUUUCAAUUGGCUACCACUAUGAAGAAUUUAGGAGCCAGGUGGCUAUCAGAAAAAAAAAUUAAUUUCACGCCCUGUCUUUACAAACUUAAGACCUCCUGGUGGCUUGUACACCAUUUGGCUAAACUGCCUCUUUUGAAAUAGAACCAGAAAUAACAAAUAAUUUUUCAUUUUGGUUUCAUAAACAGCUUGGCAAGGUAUAUGGUGUUGAAUCAUUUGUUCUGAGUCCUAAAGAAUCCAAAGACCUUUAUCCACUGCUGAACGUGGAUGACUUAUAUGGAACCCUCCACAGCCCUGGUGAUGGAACCAUUGAUCCUGCUAGCUGGGCUACUUCACUUACAAGAGCAGCUGUAAAGAAUGGUGCUAAGGUAUUGAAUGAUACAGUAAGAAAAUUUGAGUAGGCAAGGACAUUUGACUGUGUAGCUAUGCACUUAUUUUCAGGUGACACACUUUUAUUAAUUUUUCAUGGACUUCCUUAAAUACCAUCACAGAUUAGGAGGAAAUUUCCAGCUGUUGCAUCCUAUCAUGUUACAUCUUUUUAUUGCAUUUUUAUAGUUAUUAAAGUUGUGAUAGUAAACUGUAGUCUUAUUUGAUGGGGAUGAGGUCACCUGGAAACAUGACAAAUUGUUAUUAAUGUAUCUCAGCAGGAUGAAUAAUCACAUUGUAAUAUGAUACUAAAAUCUUUUUAAUUUGUAGGUGUUUGAGAACUGUGCUGUUACUGGAAUUCAAACAGAAGUCAGUGACUUGGGAAUUAAACGAGUUUCUGCCGUACAGACUCCAAGUGGUACCAUCAAGACAAACUGUGUCGUCAACUGUGCAGGGGUGUGGUCACCAUAUGUUGGUUCUUUGUGUGGUGUCAGUGUCCCUUUGGUUGCCAUGUACCAUGCAUAUGUUGUGACAGAGAGGAUUGAGGGAAUUCAGAACAUGCCUAAUGUCAGAGAUCAUGAUGCCUCAGUUUAUCUCAAGCUCCAAGGAGAUGGCCUGUCUGUUGGUGGAUAUGAGCAUAAUCCAGUUUUCUGGGAUGAGGUAAAAAAGUUUUCAUUUUAUCAUCAACAGCUUAAUGGUUAUGCCACAAAAUUUGAAUCAAAAGGGUUAAGCUCUUGCAAAAGUUACAGUGUAAUUGAACUGGAAUGGGUAGAAUUUUGUCCUGUCAGUUAUACUCAACCUACUAGAAGGACUUAGACUAAGCCAUCUUCAUUUGUGCUGGUAAGCAUAGGGUGUGGACUGUGGAUCUCCACCAGACCCUGUUUUUGGCUGUUCUCUUUGCUUCUCCCCAGGUGAUUUUAUUUUUUUCUAAUUCAUCUUGGACAGUGCACCUCCAAGACUGCUUUGGAUGGCAUCCAAAGCAGUUUUGGAGGAGAACCAUCCAAUAUUUAGAAGGACCUACUGACAAUGUAAUUUAUAGAUCUCUUUUUAAGCUUUGGGGUUUUUUUUUCAGGUCAGCAAUAAAUUUGCGUUUUCCCUCUUUGAUCUUGACUGGGAUAUAUUCAGUGCUCAUAUUGAAGGUGCAUGCAACAGAGUCCCAGUAAUAGCAGAAACUGGUGUCAAAUCCACUGUCUGUGGACCUGAAUCAUUUACUGCUGAUCAUAAACCAUUGAUGGGGGAAGCCCCUGAGCUUCGUGGCUUUUACCAUGGCUGUGGAUUCAAUUCUGCUGGUAUCAUGCUUGCUGGAGGGUGUGGCCGAGAAUUGGCACGUUGGGUGGUUCAUGGUCACCCUGAACUUGAUAUGUAUGGAUAUGAUAUCAGGUAACUACACACAAUAGUUGAACAAUUCUAGAAGAAACAAUCAAGGCUUGUUUGCACAAAAUCUAGUUAACAUUACUCCCAAAGUAAAUGAUUUUCAUUUACUCAGCAGUUAUUUCUAUCCAUUUGAUUGAGUUCAUAGUCUAUAGAGUGCAUUUUGAGCAAGUUUUAACCCUUUACAUCUUAAAAUAAGCGUGCAUAUUCUCCACACUGUUCUUUAUAAAUUUCCUAAGGUGCUGACAAGGAGAAUUUGUUUAUUAACAAUCAAGAACAUUUUUUGUUGAUUAUUUUCCUUAUUCUUGUGACUUUAAUGUUUGAUUCAUUGGUGAUAACAUGAGGAGAAAUUAGAUGCUGGUCACUCUGAGGGGUCAAAGGUUUGAUACUUGUUAAAAAAAAAACUACCCUAGAACAAACUAUAAACUACUUACCAAACAGAUGUUUUCAUUCUUAAAAAUCCAGUGGUUGUCAAGUAUAAUCGACCAGUAACCUUCAAAAAACUGAAAGAAAGUGAAUUCUAAUGCCAAUGUUUUAAGUCCUGAUUAUGAGUUGGUAUGAAUUUUUAUACAUUCUUAUAUUUACCUCUUAAGGCGCUUCCAUUCAUCGAUAACACCCAAUCAAAAAUGGCUCAGAGAAAGAAGUCAUGAGUCCUAUGCAAAGAACUAUUCAAUGCUUUUCCCACAUGAUGAGCCCCUUGCUUCCAGAAACAUGCGACGUGAUCCUUUUCAUCAGGUAAUGUGUAUUUUGAUCGUAAUUCAUAAAAAUCAUGUAAACUAUUAGAUGGAAAACCAGCUGAGAAGAAUUGGGGCCAUGAAUUUCCUAGGAGAAUUUUGAACUCUGCAAAUAAUUUAAUUUUAACUUUUUACUUUCUUACACUUUGCCUCAUUUUAUUCUUAAGGUAUACCUUGUAAGAUUUUGUCCUUUUUAAGCAAUGGUGCAAGAAUGGUAAAAUAAUAUGAAUGACAGCUGGAAUAUUUAUAAUUGGUGGUAGUAGUAAAUGAGUAAGCAAUCCCCUCUGAGGUUGAACUUUUGAUUCCAGGUUCUGUUAGAUAGAGGGUGUGUCUAUCAGGAGCGUCAUGGAUGGGAAAGACCAGGCUGGUUUGUUCCUAGUGAAGUAGCUGAGGUGAUCAUAAUUCUUUCUCAAAUUAACCCUUUACAUCCUAACAUCAGAAUGCAUAUUCUCCAUACUGUUCUCUAUAAAUUUCCAAAGGCACUGACAAGGAGUCUUUGUUUAAAAAUCAAGAGCUUCUUUAGUUGGUGAUCAAUAAUGUUUCAUUGAGGGGUAAUUUUCUAAGGAUAAAUUAAUUGCUAGUCACUCUCAGUGGUGAAAGGGUUAAUGGACUAGGGAAGAGACUCCCAUUCCCUAGUUGCAAAACAAGACAAAACGAAAGGAAGUUAAGUUAAAAAGUUUGACUAUGUUCAUUUUGUUUCUAUACCUUACAUUCUUGUUUGAGGGGCAAAAGUAAUCAGAAUGCUUGUUGUUUGGAGAGAUAAAUGGUAGUGUGCCAGAUGUGUGGAGAUGAUGAGCACCUUGAAAGUUAUCGCCUUUGAAACAGAAAGAAUUAAGUCAAUAACAAGGUGUUUAUGGGUUAUCAAAAAUAUUUGGAAGAGUUUAUCAAAAUUUUUUUUAUGAUCCAUUAUGCUCUGACAAAUAUGUGACAUUGAGGACUAAUGGGUAAUAUUUUUCACCUUCAUCAAAAUGUAUUGGUAAAGGUCAUUUCACUUGGCAAGGCUCUUCAACUGUCCAAAUGCCUUACUCUCCCCAUCUCUUCCCCCUUGGAGUAAACAUGGGUACCUAAGGAAACGUGGAGAAAUGCCAGGGCUCCUCACCAAUACAUUGGCUUCCCAUCCAGGUUGGGGGGGGGGGGGUUAAAAACACCUAGAGAUGCUUCAUCACUUGGAGACUGGGUAUACGCUGCAACAGCAUGAACCAUUUACCUCACAGAAGAUACAGCCAUGUGUCUUAUCAUUUAGAGUAACUGAGUAGUUUGAAGGUGAGAUUUAACUUUGAAUCUUUUCCUCUUUCAUUGUCAGGUGAGGGAGUAUGACUACUAUGGGGCUUAUGAUGUGAAAGAACACCAGGAUUAUAAAUACAACGAGUUACUGGGUCAGGAUUACACUUUUGACUUUCCACCACAUCAUGACAUUGUAAGAAACCAAGUAAAAUAUUAUUAUAGAUAAAAUGAUUACCAAUACAUGAAAUGAUGGUUUUAAUUUGUAAGGUUACCUUAUCAGUGAGAAGGGGUAAAGGGGGGGCAAGGACCUCAGCUUUGAAGAGGUUUCAGUUACUAUUUCUGUGUUGGAGAAGGUGAUUGUAGGGUGAACCCGAUUAGCUCAAGGUAUUAUUAUAUGGCUUAUACCAUGGCUUGGUAUUUGUUUCUGCAGUGUUUGAAUUAAUUUUAAGGAUUUUGUUUAAUUUGGCAGAUUGGAAAGGAAUGCCUUGCUUGUAGGGAGAGGGUAGCUGUGUUCAACAUGUCCUACUUUGCCAAGUUUUAUUUGACUGGACCUGAUGCACAAAAGGCAGCUGACUGGAUUUUCACAAAUAAUAUGGCAAAGCCACCAGGUACUAGACAGAUUCCUCCUGCAUUGACUGUGUUGUUCUCCUUUGAAUGUAAUCUUCACCAAAAUGUGUUGUCCUAGCUAAUUAAAUGAGCAAUGUUGAGAAAAAAGGAUCAUUAGGUAAGAAUUUUUUAAUAAAAUACAAGUCAAUGGUUCAUUAUGUAAGCACAAGAAUAGCUAUUUUAAUCUUUGUGGUAAGAAUAACAACUGUCAUUCUUGGCAAGUAGAUUGUUUUGUGGAGGCAAUGGAUUUUCUUUUAAUCUUUAAGCCAGAAGGCUUGACCAAAUCAAUAACUGUUAUGAUAAUUACUAAAUAUUGAAUACUUGAUAGGGCGUACAACUUAUACAUGUAUGACAAACAAAGAUGGUGGCACAGAAGCUGACAUCACUGUGAGUGUCUUGGAGAAUGGUGAUGGAUCAAGUAUUGUAAAACCAAAAUUUGAGGGUAAGCACCAUAAGAUCUAGUUUAUGUCGUAAAAUAGGUUGUGGUUAUUUAUCAUGGUAAAUAAUAUUUCAAAAGAGAAAUAUAAUCGUUUCUCUCAUGGUGUGGUCACUUUGGAUGUGGAUCGAGUUUAUGAUCUAGUUUGCCAUGAAUAUUAUUUAUGGACUUUCUUGAUAGCUUUUAAUUAUACCAGUUGCAAAUGACAAGAAAGAUUGAGGCUUUAAAGAAAAAUGUUAAAUAUUGUCUUGUUGUGUGGAGGGUAAAGAGGAGAGAGGCUGGGACAGAAGGCUGAGAAUUUUCUUCACCAUUGCCCUCUUUUCUCCACACUUUUGACUCUUGUCUUCAGCUCUUCAAUGCUAAACACUAUCAUAUUUAAAAAUUGAAAAAUGAUAUCUUUUUUGCUUUUUUCUACUGCUUCCUGUGUUUUCUCUCCCCUGGUGCCACUUCUUCUCCUGCCCCCCCCCCCUCUCUCUCUCUCUCUCUCUCUCUCUGCCCUGUGGAUUCCAAUUCCACCUACUGGUGGUUAACUUUAUGAAUUCACAGCUAAGACAGAGAAUUCAGAGGCACUUUGUUCAUAUUUGACAAGUUUCCAACACACUGCUAAAAUAAUCUAAUAUAUUUAUCAAACAUCUGCAGUCCAUGUAGAUAGAGAAAAUUUUGAGCUAUAUAUCUCUUUAUAAAGAAGAGAAUUCUUAACUUUCAAUCAAUGGUUGUUUAUCACUCAAUGUGUACUUACAUGUAUGAAUGUGAGUUUCACUGCCCCAAAUUUAUGUAAAAUGAUGACCUUGUAAGUGAAUUACUAUCAGAGAAUAAUGCAGCACAAUAUAACUGUGUUUGUGGUUAUCAUAUUUGUAAUCAAUCUUUAUUUGUUAGGUGAUGGAUUCUACAUUGCUGUUGGUGGUGGUAUUGGUCAGCAUGGUUGGUGUCAUGUGCAAAAUAUUCUUCAAGACCAACAGUACAAUGUAAAGUUUGAAGAUCAUUCAGAGAAAAUGGGGAUGUUGAGUGUUCAAGGGCCCAAGAGGUAUAUAUUGACACAAAAAAUUAUUGGUGUUGCUCUGUAACUUAGGUAGGUGAGAUGAUUUUUUGUCAAAGAUUGCAGUCAGCAUUCUUUUGAUUUUACAUCUGUUUGGGUCUCAGUUCUCCAUUAAAAAAAAGAAUGUAUCUCUAGGCAAUGAUGGGGAUUGAAUCUGGACAUUCUGCCUUUUUCCAUUUCUUUAAGGGUUCUUGGCAAAAAAAAUUAAUGACUGCCUACAUUACAAGUUCAUAGCUCAUUUUUCUUGCUGUACUCUUUAUUUUCAGUCGUGAGCUGCUUCAGUGCCUGACCUCCGCAGAUCUCAGCAAUGAGGCGUUUCCUUUCUCCACGCACAAAAUCAUCAAUGUUGCUGGCCAUGAUGUUCGCGCCCUAAGAAUCACUUUUGUUGGUGAACUUGGUUGGGAGUUACACAUCCCAAAUGACUCCUGUGUACCUGUUUACAAAGCACUCAUGGAAGCAGGUAUAGAAUUUGGUGUUGUGAAUGGUGGCUACAGGGCUCUUGACUCACUCAGUGCAGAGAAGGGCUAUAAACAUUGGCAUCAGGAUUUACGACAUGAUGACACCCCACUUGAGGCUGGCUUGGGAUUUACUUGCAAACUGAAGUCAGAUACCCCAUUCCUUGGGAGAGAAGCUCUUGAAAAACAGAAAGCUGAGGGUCUCAAGAAGAAGCUAGUUUGCUUUACUAUUGAAGAGUGAGUGAAAGACUUCUGAACAUUACAGAUGGUUUCAAAUGAAAGAAAAUAAGGAAUGAUAUUGAAUUUGUAGGUUUUAUCUAUGGCACUAUUACACUACCUCUUACUAACUGAAUGCUAGGUCUGCACUGUAAGUUACAGACUGAGUUUUAUCUACUUGGAUGUAUGGGUAAUCAUACUGUCCACAUAUAUAAAAUAAUUGAGAGAUAGCUAAGAAUAGAAGUUGAUACACAGCAAUUCAUUUUUUAAAUUAAUAGAUAUAACUUUUAGUGUAAAAAGAUGUCAACUGUACAAAGAACUCACUACUUGAAGUGGUAAGGCUAAAAUAGGGGUUAGGCCAAAAUGGGGGCAAGACCAUGAAGGAUACUUUAGAGGGUGAGAGGUUUAUCAGGAAGUGAGAAGUAAAGGGUAAUUCAUAUUAAAUUUUAAUCUUGCAAUAAAUGAAUAGGCGUAAAGAGGUUGAUCAAGUUUCAUUAGUAUGGGUGGUAGUUCUUCAAAAGGGCUUGAAUCUUUGACCUUCAAGCUCUGUGGUUGAAUGCUCUAGAACUCUUGAGUGAGCUUGGCCAAAUGUUAAGAUCAUACACAGCUAAAUAUUGUGAAUACUGAUUGGGUCAACAGCAUUGAAGGUAUUUUGUGUUACACUAAAGAAGAUGGAAAAUAGAAUUCGUUUGACCAUACUAUACUUUUUUAUUCUUAUUUUUUUAGUCACAAAGCUCUUUUGGGUCUUGAAGCAAUAUGGCGAGAUAAUGAAGUGGUUGGUUUCAUCCGAAGAGGAGAGUUUGGAUAUGCUAUUGGCAAAAGCCUGGCUUAUGGAUAUGUGAGAGAUCCUAGUGGAAAACUUGUCACAACAGAAUUCUUGAGGACUGGAAAAUAUACCAUUGAAUCUAUGGGAGAGCUGUUUCCUGCCAAAAUACACCUGAAAGCACCUUUUGAUCCAAAAAAUCUUAGAGUACAAGGAGUUUAUGAUGAUGAGGCUUGCCCAAGUUAUGGCACUGCUUCCAAUUGA